AUGAAAAAAGUAAAUUUAGAGAAUGUACAAACAUCACCUGAUCAUGAUGCUUUGAAAUCCCAAGAAAUUGAGAAAAACAACAUAGAUUUAUCAUUAGUAAAAAUCGAAGUUGAAGAAAAGAAUUCAGAUUUGAAUGAAUAUCGAUCACCUGUUCGAGUUGAUUCUGAUUCAAUGGGCUGUAUCGUUUCUUCGGAUGGUAAUGAGCUUUUAUAUUCGGGUUGGGCUGAAUGGUCUCCUUCAAUAGUUGCACCAAUUACUUCAAUUAAGCCCGAAAAUUUCAAAGAGACGGUUGAAGAAACUAGGUCUAUUGAGAAUAAGCCUUCUAAAAUGGUGGGAAUUGGCCUGUCUAACUUAGGCAACACAUGUUUUCUGAAUGCGGUUUUGCAAUGUAUUAUGCACACCGUAGUGUUGCUUCAGCUACUUGCUUCGAUUGAUCAUAUAUCGCCAUAUCACACAAUUGGAUUUUGUGUACUUUGCAUGAUUCGAAAUCUAGUUGACCUUUCUAUAGUUGGUGCUUAUGAUUAUGUCUCACCGAGAAAAAUUGUUAGCCACUUGAGAGAACCACAAGACAACAUUGUAGAGGAGUCCUUUGGUGGUCGUUUUGUAAGCAAGCUCCGUUGUUGCAAUUGUGAAUAUUUCUCUGUCACACAAGAGCCUUUCAUCGACAUAAGCUUAGAUAUUGAGGAUAUUGACAGUGUACCAGAAGCAUUGAACUCUUUCACCAAAAUCGAGAAAUUUGAAUUUUCUUGUGAGAUGUGCGAGAUACAUGGGUCAUUUGAGAAACAGCUCCUCGUUGAUCGUGCCCCUUCUGUUGCUGCCUUGCAUUUGAAAAGAUUCAAAAAUAACGGAACAGAUAUUCAGAAGGUGGAGAAGCAUGUUUCAUUUCCGCUGGAAUUGGACAUGCUUCUUUACACCAACGAAAUCAAUAAUGAAGAAAUGAAAUACGAUCUCUACGCAAUUAUAGUGCAUUCCGGACCUUCAAUAUCUUCAGGACACUAUUAUAGCUUCAUUCGUUGUGCUCCAAAUGAAUGGUACAAAUUUAACGACAAGCAGGUUGAUUUUGUUGAAGAAGAUUUUGUCUUAGCACAGGAAGCAUAUAUUAUAUUCUAUGCAAAAAGGGACACUUUAUGGUUUUCAGACUAUACUCAAAUCUAUAGGUCCUUCAUAAAUUUGGUUAUCCCCUCAACAUCAAAUGAUCAUCUUUUAGAUGUUGAUGAUCAGGUUUAUUGCGAAGAUCAAUUGCAAGACGUGGAAAUAAAGAAGGUGUGUUCAAAAGAUGAAGAAGAAUCCAUGGAUGUGAAUGAAAAGAAGAGGAAGCUGGAAGAUUCUCCAAGUAAAGACGUAAAGGCGGAUUAA